AUUGGUUUCCAACAGCAACAUGAGCAAGCGCCGCCGCGAGAAUGAGGCGGCCGUGCCAAUCGCCAAGCGCAUGCAGCAAUCCGCCGACCUUCCUUUCGUAGUUGCCAAACCUGCCAACGACGAUAUUGAAGACCAGAUCAAGGCGCUCGAGGCGCAGCUGGAUUCGUCUUCGAGCGACGAGAGCGAUGACAACGACGACGACACGACACCGACAUCCAACGACGAUGCACAUAUUGUCAACUUGUCCGCGUACCAACACGACAUCGUGCCGGCGUUGCCAUCCGCGCAGCUGCCGAAAGCACACUCGUUUCAGGCCAACGCCAGUCGCUCGGCCAAGUCGACGCCGCCAUCCGUGCCCAAACAGAAAAUCGUCGGCAAAGUUCCAUUUGCGUGCAAGCCAUGUGGGUUUGUAGGCAAGGACCUGGCCGACUUCCAGGCGCAUAAGGCGUCCGGCGCGCACAACGACGUGGUGGGAACGACCGCCCAGCGCCUGAGCUGCCAGUUGUGCGCCAAGGACUUUACAAGCGCGGACCAGUUGGCCGAACACAAGCUGGGCAAGUGGCAUCUCAUGCGGAAGCGCACGAAGAAGGAGCACUUCCACGACGCCGUCCGCGUCUGCUACGACUUUAUGCGGGGCAACUGCUUCCGCGGCGACGCGUGCUCGUUUGGCCACGCCGCGACCAACGCCAAGCACCAGACGAUCCAGAAACCUACGCGACAUUGCACCCAGUUCGUGGCCGGCACUUGUAAAUUCGGCGACCAGUGCAUCUUCAUCCACCAAUCCAGUUAAAAUAAACCACCACCCACCCACCCCCUUGAUCUUCUCAUGGCAGACUCUGGUUUGCUGUGUCCGA